CCUCUGACUUAUUACAUUUUUGCAUGUUGGUCAUCGAUCAAGCAAGAUUUGUAGUAUUUGGAGGCGGUUUUGAUUAGUCCGAGAAACGAACGGAGUUAACCGUAAGUGGGAGGCCUUCCUCAAACGCAACUUCCUAAUUGUAUCUUGGUUUUGCAUGUUCAAACCUGUAUACACAAAAGAAAAUGUCAGCUAUUGAUUCAGGGUUCUUCCCUGGACGAACCAGUGUUUCCAACUCAGAAAAAUCAAUGUUUGUCCAAACGAUCCAUCAGCGAUUGCAUUUAGUAUUUCCUUGUAAUAAUGAUCGGACACACAAGAGUACCAAACUGAAAAUGGUCCGAUGCGGAAGCUCCUCACCUGCUAGAUCGUCCCAGCCGGAAAACCAUAAUCAACAAAGUGCAACUGCAAUUAGUACUGACAGGUCAAGAGAAGGAAGAAUUUUGUCAGUGGAUCCUAAACCUAAGAAAGGAAAUGCUUCUAAAUUCUUUGAUGUUUUAGAGAAGUUGAUAGUCAAGCUCAUGCGAGAUUCAGAACAGCCUAACCAGUACUUGUCUGGCCUUUUUGAACCGUUGCGCGAAGAAACUCCGCCUCAACCAAAUCUCUUUGUCAAAGGAUACCUUCCGGAAGGAUUGAAUGGAGAGUUGCUAAUGAUUGGUCCAAACCCUAAGUUUAUGCCCGUAGCUGGCUAUCACUGGUACGAUGGAGACGGAAUGGUUCACGGGCUGCGCGUUAAAGAUGGAAAGGCAACAUAUGUUUCACGUUAUGUAAGGACAUCUCGUCUAAAGCAGGAAGAAUACUUUGGUGGAGCAAAAUUCCUUAAGAUUGGAGAUCUUGAUGGAUUAUUUGGAUUGUUCACCGGUAGCAUGCAUUUUCUUCGAUCCAUAUUUAAAGUAUUGGAUGUUUCAUAUGGAUGGGGAACAAGUAAUACUAAUCUCACAUAUCACCAUGGAGAACUUUUGGCUCUUGGAGAAAAUGAUAAGCCUUAUGUUCUAAGAAUUUUGGAAGAUGGAGAUCUGCAAACUGUUGGAAUACUAGAUUAUGGCAAACGAUUAGAGCAUCCUUUUACUGCACAUCCAAAGAUCGAUCCAUUUACUGGUGAGAUGUUUACUUUUGGGAGUCAGCUAACACCCCCUUAUUGUACAUAUCGGGUCAUUUCUAAAGAUGGUUUCAUGCAUGAUCCCGUGCCAGUCACAUUAUCAGAACCUACCAUGAUGCAUGACUUUGCUAUUACAGAAAACUUUGCGAUUUUCAUGGAUUUGUCUAUGAAAUUUCGACCGAAGAAUUUGGUGACAAAAGAGCAAUUUCUUGCAUUUGAUGCAACAAAGAAAGCUCGUUUUGGUGUUCUUCCUCGAUAUUCAACGGAUGAGCAUAAUAUGAGAUGGUUCGAACUUCCAAACUGUUUUAUAUUUCACAACGCCAAUGCAUGGGAGGAUGGUGACGAAGUAGUUUUGAUAACUUGUCGCCUUGAGAAUACUGAUUCGAUGAGCAUUGCCUACUUAAUUGCAAACCCGUUCGACUACAAAAGUGAACUGUACGAGAUGAGAUUCAACAUGAAAAAUGGUUUAGCAUCACAGAAAAAACUGUCAGUAUCUUCUGUAGAAUUUCCACGGGUUAAUUACAAUUAUGUCGGCAGGAAACAAAGGUUUGUGUAUACUACUAUUAUUGGUAAACGGGGAGGAAUUGUUAAAUUUGAUAUGCAUGCGGAACCAUCGUUGGAAAGGAAAAAUCUUGAGGUAGGAGGAAAUAUUAAAGCUAUCUUUAACUUGGAACCUGGAAAGUAUUGCGGCGACACUGUUUUUGUUUCCCGUGAGCCAGGAGUAACAUCUGAAGAAGAUGAUGGAUACUUAAUAUUCUUCGUAUAUGAUGAGAACACUGGAAAAUCUAUGGUGAAUGUAAUUGAUACCAAAACAAUGUCAUCUGAUCCGGUUGCAGUUGUUGAGCUACCCCACGUUCCCUUUGGAUUUCAUUCUUUCUUUGUGACAGAGGAGCAACUCCAAGCACAAACAAAGGUCUGAACACCAUAAUACUCCGGGAAUAAAUAUUUUGGAUUGUGGUUGUGAAUAUUUUCACUCCACUGGUGGGCAUGCAUCCGAUGAAAAAGGUGAAAAUUGUCCAUGCAGAACCAAAAUUUCGCUAUAUGCACAAUGAAGAAGUGUUUUGAAUCUUUAAAACAGUCUCUGUGAUGAUGAGAAGUCCAGGCAAUUCUUUUUUUUUUUUGAGUGUGACUGGUGAAAAGGUGUGAGUGUAACUGGUGAGUCGGUGUGGGUAAUAGCAUAUAGUGUUGUAGAACCUGCGAGAGUUGUGUGUGUAAGGUGUUAUCAGAGAGUAAGACUUAUAUUAUGUAAAUGUGCAUGUAGCACGUGUCUGUUGAGAGCUGCCAGUCGAGAGAUAAGAGAACUCGGUAUAUAAACCUGAGUCUGUCCUGUAAUCCAAUAGAAUCUUUCUCUUAAUCAAUUCACUGAUUCAAACCGUCUCAAUACAAUGUAGACAUUUUAUUCAUUGAAUGUUAGCAUGGUAUCAGACUCAGAAAUCAUGAAUUUCUGAGGGUAUCGAUCCAAUUUUUCCACUAAUUCAACCUAAAUCUUCAUCUUCUGUUGUUGUUCAUCAUAUCAUCAUCAAACUCUGAUUGUUCUUCAUCAAAAAUCAACAGAUUGUUCUUCAUCUUACACAGAAUUAAAUCUCAGAUCUAGAAUUCGAACAACAACAUCUUCCAAUUUCAUCUUCAACCAAAGAUUUCCAUCGUAAUUAGCUUGUUUUUUGCAGCUAAUUUCUUCAUCAAGAUCUGCUGCUCUUGAUUCCUGAUGCCGAGAUAGUCUGAGCGUGUUCUAGUCCGCUACACUACGGUCUAGUUAGGGCGAAAACUUAAAUUCGUUCCACCGAUUGGAUUCAACAGAAGAUUGAGAAGUUGUUGGUCUCAUAUCUUACUUCAAGGCAGUCCUCACAUAUGUGUUGAAGAAUUUCGUGUUUUACAUGAUGUUUCUAAGUUUGAAUUACGUAUUGGAGUUGGAGUGUACGAAUUAAAAAGUUUGAGUUCUUCUAAUUUUCAUCCAUUUUGUUCAUACAGUUGGUUUUAAUGGACAAUAUGCAGCUGUGAUUAUUCAUGGUUAAGUAGUGUGAGGUUGUGUCUGAUCCUGAUGCUAGUAUUGCAACGUCGUCAAGAGGAUUAAGCAUGAUUUUGGAUCUAAAACUCAGUUUUGGGGUUUGAGCUCUUGGUUUUUCCAAUUUCCAGUUUUCUUGUUUAGGAUUGAAAUUUCUUAACUCAUCAACUGAAAUUUGAGUCUCUGCUGGUAAUCUCCAUUGCUAUCUUUAGAUUACUUUAGGUUUUAACCUCAUGUUUUCAGCUUCUACAUCACUAUCUCAAUAACAGACAAUUUUGUCUUCAAAAGCCUUUUCAUCAUAACUAGUUUGUGGCAACUAGUUUUUUAAUCAAGUCCUACUUGUGAUGAUACCUGGUGCUUUUAAAUCUGAGCAUGCCUAUCUCUGCUACACAUUGUCUAGAUUAGAAAGAAGCUUAAUGUUGUUCCAUUUGAAAGUGGGGAAAAUCUCCUCUUAAAACGCAGAUGAGUAUUAAUGAGUGUAUGAAGUGGGUGUUUGCUGCACUAUAUGUGCUUAGAUUGCUUAUUAUUAGUUCAUCCCAUUGGUGCUAGUUUUGGCAUAGUCCUCGUCAUGUGUGAGAUCACGAGUGAGUUGGAUUGCGAGUUUAAUGAUGCAACUGAAGAUGAUGUUCUGGAAUUGGAAUUAGAGAGUUAUAUUAAGUAUAGGUUGAUGUUCUCCUUGAUGAUUCUACAUUCAAUUCUGAUGUAGCCUAGUUUGGUUAUCUUUUCAGCUUCUUUUCAUUCAUUUUUUGGUGCAUAAUAAUGGUACAACUAAUGAGUACUUUUCAUCUCAGUACUUUCAAUAAUUUGAUGGACAUCAGUUCGAGCUAUUACUUCUUCUCUCGUGUCAUUGGUGUGUGCAAGUUAGUGGUGUUGGCAGUGAAUUUUCAUGUAUUACUUCUUGCUGGAGUGAAGUAACUUUAACCUUGAGGGAACUGUACAUGUAUUACUCUUAUUCUCUGUUUCAUCUUGUACUAAGAAGCUAUUGUUGCUGAGUGUAAACUCCAAAACAGUUGGUUAUGGGUUCUUAUGCAGUGUCCUGUUACGAUGUUCUCAGAUUGUACUACUACUUCUGCUUACUGUGUUGGUUUAUCAUCAGUGUACUGCUACAGUUUGUGUAUGGAGUUGCAUUCCUGUUAUAUUAUAUCGUGUGCAAAAACCACUAGUUGCUGCAUUCCUGUUCAUCUUACAACAAUUACUGUCAUUACAAGCACAGUUGUUAUAGUACAGUACAUCAAGUGCAGAAAUACAUGUUUUUCAGUGUGAAGAUUUUUCAGAAAUACAUGGUUGUUAUAGUUGAAGAUUUCUUAAUCUUACUUCCUCCUACAAGCACAUCUACUGCCAUAUACUUCUACAACAUCAAGUACUUUAACUACAUCUCCAGGAGCUGCUAUUUGGUUGGUUGCUCAGAAUGCUCCUGCAUCACUUCAAGUGCCUGCUACUCUCCUUCUACUACUAUGCUGCUAGUUUACUUGCACCAACUGUUGUUGUGUCAAUCUUUAUACAUCUUAGUUUGUCAGACUUGGUUUGCGCUGAUUACUUCUAUCUGCACCAGCAAUGUCAUACUCCCAGGUUUCUUUCUUUAUUCUUUCACUGCAACAUUUUUACUUCUGGCCUGAUUUUUCCAUCUGCGAAGACUCAGCUUUGUAUUGCAACUUUGGUGUUUCAUCAACCCGCGACUGUAUUACAAGUUUGGUAGUAUGAUUGUAUGCUGGAUUCGUAUUUUUCUUCAUGGUCUUCUCAGAAUUCAUUGAUGUAUGCAAUUUAGCGGUGUUGGAAAUGUAUUUAUAUGAGAAUGCAGCUUACAAGCUCAAGCAAUUGAAGUGAAAAUAGUUUUUUCCUUAGUAGCCAGGAGCGGGAACAAGGACGGGAGCGGGGACGGAACGCGAAUCGUAAAAUUUUCAGAAAAUGAAAUUCGGGGAACGAAUUGGGAACGUAAAUUACAAUAUUUUAGAAAUCUUAGUUAUAUUACUCAUUUUCCAAUUUUAUAACUAACAAAUAAGACAUAAAACCUUAAAUAUUUAGAAAAUGUUAAUUAUGUGCGAGAAUAUUUCUCAGUCAUUGACUA